AUGGAGCCAUUUAUCGACAAUUCAUACGUGUCUGCGCAGGGUAUAGCUGCCCCGAUACUGUCGUUUCUCGCCUUGUUGCUUUGCGUCCCGCCUCUCAUCUGGCAUUCCUCCAAUAGAAACCUGGCAGCUUCGUUUCUGACUGUAUUCGUCAUAAUGAGCGACCUAUUCACCAUCAUCAACGCAAUGAUAUGGCCUACAGACGACGUCAACUCUUGGUGGGACGGCUCAGUACUCUGCGAUAUCCAGGUCAAACUGAACAUUGGUAUCCAAGUCGGCAUGCCGGGAGCGUUGGUGUGCAUCUUUCGAAGCCUCGCCUUGGUAAUGGACACGGAAAACACAGUCCUGGUUCCAAGUAAAGCUCAAAGACGUCGUGCACUUGCUAUUGAGAUUUUCUUCUGCGUUGGGAUACCUGUUCUUGCCAUGGUAGCUCAUUUCAUUGUCCAGCCAAACCGUUACUACAUCUUUGCCAUUUCAGGCUGCAACGUGUCCUACGAUGACAGCUGGCCGACAAUUCUGCUGUCGAUAACAUGGCCUCCAGUUACCUGUCUGAUUGCUGCUUUCUACUGCGGCCUAGUCGUGAUCCGUUUGACAAGAUACACAUCAGAGUUUUCGAAUAUGCUGGGAUCCUCAGGGAGCAACCUGACCACCCAGCGAUUUAUCAGAUUGUUCUGUCUCGCCUUGAUCAUGAUUCUGUUCGUCUUGCCUCUGCAAAUGUAUGUUUUCUACACCAACAUCAUUCCCAUGCUCCCACCCCAGCCGUAUUCUUGGAGCAACGUACACGGUCCAGAUUUUGGCGAAAUCAUCAAAAUACCGACUGGUGGCGUCUUGAAACCAGACCGAUGGAUUCCUAUCGGACUCAGUGUGCUGUUGUUUGUCUUCUUUGGUCUGGGUCAGGAUGCGAUGAAGAUGUACCGCUCGUUCUUCAAAAGUAUUGGUCUUGGCCGCCCUGCUGCAUUAAUGGGCAUCUCUGGAUCGUCUCGUGGAGAGAAAAAGGGAUCUUGGUACGAAGCAUUGUUGUCGAAGGACAGCAGCUUGCUUGGGUCAAAACAAAGCAGCGAAGGGUCUAAUUUCACGAACGAAGGUUCAUUCUUAGACACGACUGGAUGUAGCAACGUCGAAUUAGACAAACCAUUGCCUUGUCGUCCAUCCGAGCAUGUCGUCCUACCACACGAAAGGAUUUUCAUCAUCGAUGCCACUGAAAUUACUCGCAAAGAUCAUACCAUGGUCUAG